AUGGUGGUGUCGAGGCCUUAUGAUAAGCCGCUCUGCAGGGAAGCGGGGCCACGAGCCUUGAUUGCUAGAGAGAGCGUACGCUGGAGCGCAGAAUGCACGAACUGGUUCUUCGAGGAUGUCAAGGACGUGCUGCAAGAUGAAAUGAGCCCAAUCUCAUUCAGCGUCCUGCCUAUUACGACCCGGCGUCGCGACAUCUUCGAGCAGACGACUCACAUGGCUGCGACAUGCUUGACACGCCAGGCCUCACCUCGGAGACAGCGAAGCCCGAGCAUGCAGAGUGGUGGACAAGGCCUCCGUGGAAAGACCUUUCCGGGAGCCAGUUCAGAGACGGCAGUCGUGGCGACCGGUGCUAGUCGUGAGAAUGAUGAGCGAAGUAGCUCGGUUUUCUUUCACGAGCGGUCUUGGAUUGUCGGGCUCGUCAAGCGCGUCUGCGCAUGCGACGGACGACGUGGUCCAGACGGUGCACGGGCCCCUCAGGUGCUCUGCCAGAUAGCCUGUCGGACGACCUGGCAAACAUCUCAACAACAGCAGCAUCGACGAUUAAUCACUGUCACGCGAAAAAUGGGCUUGCGCUUGAUGUAUGAACAACUCGGUACGCACAUCACGGCAGGGCUUGCAGAUGGAAGCGCUGAGCGUGAUGAAGACAACGGUAGUCUCGCCAUCAACUUUGAAUUGAAGGGCUCAGCAUACUCGGGAAACAAUCAGGGAAUAUCUUACACUCAUAAUGCGCGAAGUAUUUACGACGAGCGAAGAGCUCAAGUGCGUGCCAGCGUCAAGUUCAGAAUUCUAUCUGUGCGGUUCUCUUCUCCCCCAAGGAAUGAGCUGCGCAGGUGGUACUAUUCUGCACGCCUACCGUCUGGUGGUGCAGGAACCGAGGUCGGAGAUGAGCGAGCAGAGACAGAAGGUCUUUGGCCAAUUGCGUCAAGUGUAGAGAUUGAUGUACUAUCCAAACAAAACACAGGUCUCGCAGUCGCAGAAGACAAGCCGGUUGCGAUUAACCGCAUGUCAGGCGUGCAGUCCAUUCUGGAGACACUUGGUAGCACCAUUUUACGGAAAGGGCUUCAUGCAUGGAUGUACGUAACGCAGCCGGCGACAUGUAACACUGCCCAUGUCGGGUGGAUUCCACUUCGCGAUGGCCCUGUAACCAGUCAAACCCGAUACGUCUCCACUUGGCGCGACGUGAUGUCGAAUCCACAUAGAGACCCGAAGCUGAGGUUAGGGUCGGACGUCAGAGUGUUCGAGCGGACACACAGAAGCAGAGAAUACCAACAAUCCUCAUAUAGCAUUGAAACAGCGCAAACGUCGGGAGCAAACCACGACAAAUGUCACGGUUUGUCGACCGUCUCCGACUGUCGGACGACCACGUCUCAUCGUACCUCAUCCACCCUCAUGUCGCCCCGCAUACCGCGCUGCCUUGUCUGGAUUCGGCCUACCGACAACAAGUUCUCGGCGGCCUACCACGGAGCAAAUACACGCAAAUGGCGACCUGCAGUGGUCAGCAAAAUCGACGUGUUAAAGUCGGGACAUAUUGCAGGUUUUUGGGUCGCUCCUCUCACAAGCAGUCUCAAUCUGAAACUUUGCGACGCAACCGCCUGGCGCGCAGUUGAUUGGGGCCGCCCCGACAUUGCGGUUCCCGGCCACAGUUACACCAUUCCCUUCCGACUCCCUCUGCGACAGAACGACUCGUUCGGAGCCGUCGCAAGUCAUGUCUGGGUUUCCGAUCUUGGCCAAUUCUUUACCGUCGCGCAGUGGAAGCAGGCUGUUACCGGGGGGCAGGCGAGAAUACUCGAUUCCGACGUCGCCGUAUCCUCCACUCAAUUCGCCGCGGUUCGCACGCAGUUGCGAGUAUUAGACGAUGCGUCAGGAGGCCAAUAUUCCCUCUGUCGCGAGCUGUUAUCGACGUUGGCUUGCAAUGUCGCAGAACUCGACAGUUAUCGACGUGGAGCCAGUAUCAUGCAUGCGAUGGAAGAUCUGUCGCUCUCUGCGCCAGCUGCUAAGUCUACUAAUAGUAUAACUUCCGACAUCGUUCUCCGUUUUAUCCCUGGACUACGACACCUGCGCACGGCCUACCUCCCUUCAUCUUUUGCUUCCAUCACCCUCCGACGAACCCCUUCAAUGGUGGGCCAAUCCUCCAUUCGCGACCUUCGUCUCCAUGUAUUCAAUUUAUCGCCCAUUGGUCGUGACGCUAUCCGCCCACGCAACGAGAUCCUGAACAAUGCAAAGUUCUUCAGUGAUUGUCCUCCUGCUCCAUAUGCUUGGGAUGAUGAGGCUCUACUAUGCAUUGACCGCCUGCUUUGGUCCUCAUACAACAGCCCGCUCAAAUGGAGGAGCUACGAGCAAUUUGUACGAUGCCACAUCCUUACGCCUCCGUGGCUUCUGUCUCUCAGGCGGUCGGAAAAGGAAGAGGAGUUUCCUCACCUGCUCCUCGCUCUGUUUCAAUGGAUCACCGCUGAUGCGAUUAUUCCUCCCGACAUUCACACCCUCAAGGAUUUCCUUUGCGACUACAAAGAACUCACGCCACGCCGCAUCAGAAGUGGUGCUGGACAUGUUGAAUAUGAAGAAUCCUGUUCCGCGAUUGCUAUCUUUUGGAUGCUGAACAAUCGCGUUGCCUACUUCAAUGACCCCGUCGGUCUCAUCACUCUUUUGGUCAAUGGACCUCUCCGGCUACGAAAUGACGACGAAUACAGUGAUGACGACCAGGCCAUGGGCGAUAUAUCCGACGAUUUCAGUGACUAG